UGAACGACCGGGGUCACGUGACCGCAGUCUUCGCUGGGCUCCGGCGGCGGGGCGUCAGGACCUACGGCCCGCUCCCUUCUGGGUCUUCGGCCGGCCACAUGGAGGAGGAGGAGGAGGAAGCGCGAGCGCUGCUGGCAGAUGGUCCCAGCGAGGCCGGCGGAGGUGCCCCCGCCGCCUCUGCUGGCCCAGGGGUGCUGGCGGCCCUCUGCGAUCCCAGUCGCCUGGCGCAUCGGCUUUUGGUGCUCUUGCUGAUGUGCCUCCUCGGCUUCGGCAGCUAUUUUUGCUAUGAUAAUCCUUCUGCCCUUCAGAGUCAGGUUAAACGGGAUAUGCAGGUGAAUACUACAAAAUUCAUGCUGCUCUAUGCCUGGUAUUCUUGGCCUAAUGUGGUUAUGUGUUUCUUUGGUGGCUUUUUGAUAGACCGAGUAUUUGGAAUACGAUGGGGCACCAUUAUUUUUAGUGUCUUUGUUUGCAUUGGACAGGUUGUUUUUGCUUUGGGUGGAAUAUUUAAUGCUUUUUGGCUGAUGGAAUUUGGAAGGUUUGUGUUUGGGAUUGGUGGGGAGUCCUUAGCAGUUGCCCAGAAUACAUAUGCUGUGAGUUGGUUUAAAGGCAAAGAAUUAAACUUGGUAUUUGGACUCCAACUUAGCAUGGCUAGAAUUGGAAGUACAGUAAACAUGAACCUCAUGGGAUGGCUGUAUGCUAAGGUUGAAACUUCAUUGGGUUCUACUGGUCACACAACCCUUGGGGUCACACUUAUGAUUGGGGGUAUAACGUGUAUUCUUUCACUAAUCUGUGCCCUGGCCCUUGCUUACUUGGAUCAGAGAGCAGAAAGAAUCCUUCAUAAAGAACAAGGGAAAACAGGUGAAGUUAUUAAAUUAACAGAUGUUAAGGACUUCUCCUUAUCGCUGUGGCUCAUAUUUAUCAUCUGUGUGUGCUAUUAUGUUGCUGUGUUCCCUUUUAUUGGUCUUGGGAAAGUUUUCUUUAUAGAGAAAUUUGAAUUUUCUUCCCAGGCAGCAAGUGCUAUUAACAGUAUUGUGUACGUCAUAUCAGCUCCCCUGUCCCCAAUAUUUGGGUUCCUGGUGGAUAAAACAGGAAAGAACAUCAUUUGGGUCCUGUGUGCAGUGGUGACCACUCUUGCUUCCCACGUGCUUCUGGCCUUUACUCUGUGGAACCCUUGGAUUGCUAUGUGUCUCCUGGGAAUCUCCUAUUCAUUGCUUGCCUGUGCAUUGUGGCCGAUGGUGGCAUUUGUAGUUCCUGAACAUCAGCUGGGAACUGCAUAUGGUUUCAUGCAGUCCAUUCAGAAUCUUGGGUUGGCAAUCAUUUCCAUUGUUGCUGGCAUGAUAUUGGAUACUCGGGGAUACUUGUUUUUAGAAGUUUUCUUCAUUGCCUGUGUUUCUUUAUCGCUUUUAUCUGUGGUCUUACUCUAUUUGGUGAAUCGUGCCCAAGGUGGGAACCUAAAUUAUUCUGCAAAACAAAGGGAAGAAAUAAAACUUUCCCAUGCUGAAUGAGAAGUUUAAAUGACUGUGUCAUGAGAAUGGGCUGCACACAUCAUUGGUUUGAAAGCCUCCAUUUUAUUUUUUAUUAAGAAUUUAGUCAUUGGGAAAAGUAAUGGUCUGAAAGUUAUUUAUAUUUCAGAUACACCUAUUUCAAAGUAUAUUUGUGAGGACUGUUUUAGCCUGUGUAUUUUGUAUUGUGUGUUUUUGAAGAAUUCUAAAAUGGGCUAAUCAACAAUGAAGUAGAGAAAAUUGCUCUAGGACAUGCAGGUUAACUUGGACAGUAGGGCAGUAAAUAAUGGAACGCAUUGGAUCUUGUAUUGAGAUGUUCACAAAAUAUCUUAGGGAUCUAGCCUUUUCUUUAUCUUGAAGCAAAAAAAAAAAAGUUUUUGAGGGGUAGAAGGGAUGUUUUUAAACAGAAUAAACAAUGGAUUUCUGAUGGACAUUCUCUUACAUAAUAGGAAAUAUUUGGAAGAUAUUUUUAUGAGAAGCCUCUGUUUUCACAAAUAGCAGAUUAUAGUCUGUUUUUUUGUGAGUUAUGAGAGGUUGCUGAGCAGUGAUUCUUCUGAGUUUCUGUAAGUGUUUGUCACAGAGGACCCUUACUAAUAACUUAGGGACGUAAAUUUAUGGUGCAAACUUUAUGGUUUUUUCUUAUAGCCUAAUUAAUUACUAAAAAGUGUCCUUUAAAUUAUGAUAAUUGGAUAUACACAUGAGUAAAUAAAAGCACUGCAAAAGGAAUAAUUAAUGUCUUCUAAUUUUUUAUUUCUAAAAAAUAUCAAAACACUUUUUAACUCUUCUUUAUGUGGAAGUUUUAAGAAAAUAUAAGUUGGAAUAAAAUGUACUUAAUUACAGUGAUUGAAAGAGUAUUUAAGCAGUUUUUUCUCCAGAGUAGGACCUUACAUAGUAUUUAUGUUGUUCGCAUGAAAUGAAUAUGAAUAUGAAAUUUCUCUGGCAAACUUAAAUACUUUUUAAUUGACUCAGUCUUAAUAUUAAAGUCAAGGACUUCAUGUGUUUUGUUCUCCUUGGGCACACAGGUACUCUAGACAACUAAUGUAUUUAGCUGAUUAUAUUGUUUAAAAUACAUGGCAUAACAUUGUAUGCUUAAAAGUUCUACAACAGAUUGAAAGUUCAUCACACCCAUUUUCUGAGUUAUAGUUUAUUGUGUUCAGUAGUUAGUUCUCUAGGCUUUGCCUGCCAUGUGACUGUUCUAGCCUAUUAACUGUUGACCUAACCAGUUGGCAAGAGUGCAGGAAGUCAGCCGCUGCUGUGAGGGCCUGUGUGGUCUGGCCCCUGUCUUACUCUGUCCACUAUGUCUGUGCUUCAGCCACAGGGAGCUGCUGAUGUUUUUUCAAAUGGGAUAUGUUCCCUCUCUCCUCAAGGGCUUCGUCGAUGCUGCUCCCUUUGCUUAGAAUAUAUUAUCCAGGAUUCUCUACAACCUGGUUUCAGUUGAUUUAAAACAAAACUUUAGCCCCAGCUCAGAAACAUUCUUCCUGUGGAAACUUUUAGAUCCUUGAGGCAGUAAUCAGGCUCUUCCAAAAUCCUUUUGAUCUUUGAAAAACCCUGUACUUUCCACCUUAGCUUACCUGAUCUUAUAAUAACGAAUUUGUGGUGGAGUGGGUGUGGACAUCACUCUCUUCCUGUAGAUUGUAAGCUCCAUGAGCGCAGGGAAUGUCUGUUGUAUUAAUGAUGAUCAUGUCAAUAGUGCCUAGUAGAGUAGGCACAAAAUAUAUUUUUUGAUGCAUAAAGAAAAAGGAGAGUAAAUAGAACAUCUUUUUGGAAGGUAAAUUAACAAUAUGAAUAAAAAGACCUAAAGGGAAAUAGUGGGCUGUAUGCCUUUUGGCUUACCGAUUUUCUAAUAAUUUAUCCUAAGAAAUCUAUCAGACAAAUAUACCCUUGAUAUUUUAAGAAAGUAUCUUCAUUGUAAAAUUACUUAUAAUAGCCUAAAAUAGGAAACCACCCAUGUUUAUAAGAAUAAGGGAUUUUUUUAAGUACAUUGUAUGCUUAAAGUGAAAUAUUAAGCGGUUAUGAAGUGAUUUCAUUAGCAUGUUGGCAUGAAUGAUGGCAUUAUUAUGUGGGAGAUUAAGAGUGCUGCUAUUUUUGUAAAAAUAAACAUGUCUGAAGGAUGUGCACAUAAAUGUCCCUGGAUGA